AUGCGGCUGCCCCACGCCGUCUGGGACGCCAGGCGAGCCGGGACGUGUCAGGAGCCGUUGCCCGCGGGCUGCCCCCGGGUCCCCGCGCCGACCCCCCGCUCCGGCCCGUCGGUCACCGGCCCCGGCCCCGGGACCCGCCCUCGCGGUUGGCGAUGGCGUCACGGCCCCGCCCCGCCGGCAGCGCCCGUUGCGGCCGCCAGGGGGCGCGCGGCCACGCGUGCGGUUACCGGGAGACGGCGAAUGGCGGCGGCGCCUUACGGAGCGGGGCAGUAUGAGGACGCCUUCAGCCCUCACCGGCUGCAGAACUGGAGCGUGCCCCGGACGGGCCGUCAGCGCCCCUCGCUGCGGGUCGGCUCCACACUGAUCAUCGCGGAUGACCGGGGGCACCUGCUCCCCACCGUGCCCCGCUCCCAGGCUUCCCCAUGGGGCACGUUUGUGGGGACCUGGGACAUGCCACCACGGAUUCCCCCGGCCCGGCUGGACCUGAGCUCCCGCUCGGCCGCUGCUGCCGCCCGUCUGGUUGCCUGGAUCCACCAACCCAGCGCCCUGACCCACGCCUGCAACGGCCUCCGGACGGAGGUCACCGGGAAGCCCCCAGAGCCUCAGUUGGACAUGCAAACGGCCAAGGAGCCUUCCUGGAGGAGCAGUGGGGUGUCCAGCCACAGCUUCCCACCCUUUGGGGCACCGCUGGAGGAGCCACCCAGCCCUGGAGCAGCCACAGCACCACUCCCCAGUGAGCCAGGCUGCCAGGGGGUCCAGCUGAAGGCAGACACAGCCCCGGGGUCCCCAGCUGCACACCAGCCCUGCUCCCAGCCAGCCAUGCUCCAGAGACAAACCCCACGCAGCCCCCUGCCUGCUGCAGCAGCCGAGCUCCCAGCCUCCAUCCACCCUGCUGCAAGGGAGGCCACUCCUCAGCAGGGCUCAGCAGCCACACACACCAACAGAAAACACCUUCCUACCCUAAGGGUGAGGCUGGGGAACGUGUCACAGGAGCCCCAGGGAGGCUGACACCGGGGCAGCAGCACACAGCCCGAGCUCGUGUUUUCAGGUUUAAAGACA